AUGGGCUUACCUUCGCUCUUCAACCGAUCUCAAUCUACCUCCAACAUUACUCCUCCUCCGAGUCAAUCACGCAUUCUACAACCGUCCUUGAAUUUACAUCAUCCACUGCGUGCCCGGUCUGCGACUCUCGUCACCAUAACCAAUCAACCUCUUACCCGGUCGUCGAAAUCCGCGCUACCCAAAUCUCAAAAGAAAAAAGCUUCUUCAAUUCCCCGUCCCAAAACAUCAAGAGGUCUCCAGGAUGGCAACAAGGAGAAUAUCGAUCCUAAUAACCCUCAGCUACAGGACGGGAUGUUUGGAAAUUACCGGCACCAAACAUUACAUUAUCAGAUGCUGGCAGCCUACCUUCUUCCCUCGUCAUCUGACAAUCAUCCCAACUCGAAGCCCGAAUCCCUCAAUGUUAUAGAUGGCAGUUUACCCAUCAUCUCUCCCCGAGCCUCAUGUUCCCAAAAAGAACACUCAAGCAUGUUGCAAGUUGAACAAACUCCGCCAUUCAAGCUUGCGCCAGCUAGAAAUCCAAACAGCUCAGUAUCGUCGUCAAUUUCAUCAGUCGGGGCCACGUCCAUGUUUUCCAUAAAUUCUACUUCAAGUUUCUCUACAACUGCUACUACCGUUCAGUCCUGUGAAAUCACACCCAAAGCCAAUUUCCAUCCUAAUGUAUCCUGCCUUGAGACGUAUCUUGGCCCCUCCAUUCGAAAUGAACUGGUAGAUGACGACUCGUGGCUUCUUACAGGCGUAAUUCAUUCACCUGCGUCACAUACCGGCAUUUCCUACAUGAAGAGUCUCGAUUACAAGACAAGAAACCUCAAAGGGUUGAAGAUCGACACAGUGGCGGAAUCGGAUUCAAGUCUACCCACGAUGAAGGAUUUCAAAAUGCAUGAGGUCGAACCGGAAGCUGAGAAUACCAUUCAGUUUGUUGAAAGCAAAGUCCAUAGCCCAGGAGGUGUUUGGACCGCUGGGUCACCUUAUCAAGCCUUCUUGACUCCUCCACUUGUCUCUACCCCAUCAUCACCUUUCCAAUUUCACAAUCUUGAAUGA